CACACACACUGCCAGGCCUCCCCCCCAGUCCCCUCUGAGCUCAGUGUCUCUCUCCUCCGGCACUGCUGUUAUUUUUUGAGACUAGGUCUCAUGUAACCGAGGCUGGCCUUGAAUGCCUGAUAUUCCUGUCGCCACAUCCGGAGUUUUACAGGCGAGCACCGCCACACCCCGGCUCUCCUCGCCAGCUUUCGGUUUUUCCUGCUCUCUGGGCUCCUGAUUUCACACUCCGUAUCCCGGCGCCUCUUCCCCUUCCACAGACCCCCUUUUUCUCCCUGCCUAUUUAUCGUUAUUAUUUCUAAUUUCUUCUCUACACGCCUCACCAGCCCCUGGACACUCUCAUUGCUUCUCCUGGGCAACUUGCCCUCCCAGCCUCAGUUUCCUUCCCGUCCUGACUUCUUCCUCUUCCUCGAAGGCGGAUGUGAGUAGGGAAGAGGAAAGGCCUUGACCUAUAGCUAUGCGUUGCCCCUCGCGAUCUGCCGGCUGGCCCCAUGGGACCCAGGAGCUCUGGAGCUGUAGAACCAUGGACACUCUCAACAGGAGCCAGCUAGGCCCUGGGUGCAAGACCCCAGCUGUGGUGCAGAAAGGUCCGUUGGAUCUGAUUGAGACGGGAAAAGGACUGAAAGUGCAGACGGACAAACCUCACCUGGUGAGCCUGGGCAGCGGGAGACUCAGCACAGCGAUCACGCUCCUGCCGCUGGAGGAAGGGAGGACAGUGAUUGGUUCCGAAGCCAGGGACAUCUCACUACAGGGUCCAGGCCUGGCUCCAGAGCACUGUUACAUCGAGAACCUGAGGGGCACCCUCACCCUCUACCCUUGUGGCAAUGCCUGCACUAUUGAUGGGCUCCCUGUUCGGCAGCCUACCCGGCUCACUCAGGGCUGCAUGUUGUGUCUGGGUCAGUCCACCUUCCUGCGCUUUAACCACCCAGCUGAAGCGAAGUGGAUGAAGAGUAUGAUUCCAGCAGGGGGUCGGGCCUCAGGGCCCUCCUACAACCCCGGCUCUGCUGAAUCAGAGAGCCUGGUCAAUGGGAACCACACGGCACAGCCUGCGACCCGGGGACCUUCAGCCUGUGGCAGCCACAGUUCCCUGGUGAGCUCUAUUGAAAAGGACCUGCAGGAAAUCAUGGACUCCCUGGUGCUAGAGGAGCCGGGAGCUGCUGGCAAGAAGCCUGCCGCCACAUCCCCGCUGUCACCAAUGGCUAAUGGCGGGCGCUACCUGUUGUCCCCUGCAACCAGCCCUGGUGCCAUGUCUGUGGGCUCCAGCUAUGAGAACACCUCUCCAGCCUUCUCUCCACUUUCCUCACCAGCCAGCAGUGGAAGCUGUGCCAGCCACUCACCCAGUGGGCAGGAACCAGGACCUUCUGUGCCCCCCCUGGUGCCUGCACGUUCCUCUAGCUACCAUUUGGCUCUGCAACCCCCACAGUCUCGCCCAAGUGGUGCCCGCUCCUCUGAAAGUCCCCGGAUGGGCAGAAAAGGGAGUCAUGAGAGACCUCCCAGUCCUGGUCUCCGAGGUCUUCUGACAGACAGUCCUGCAGCCACAGUCUUGGCUGAGGCCCGCAGAACCACUGAGAGCCCCCGGCUAGGUGGACAGUUGCCUGUGGUGGCCAUCAGCCUGAGUGAAUAUCCAUCUUCCGGUGCCCGCAGCCAACCCACCAGUAUUCCUGGCAGCCCCAAAUUCCAGCCUCCAGUCCCCGCUCCGCGCAGCAAGGUCGGCACACUCCAGGACCGCCCUCCCAGUCCUUUCCGUGAGGCCCCAAGCACAGAGCGGGUGCUAACGACCAGCCCCUCUCGACAGCUGGUGGGACGAACCUUUUCAGAUGGGUCAGCAACUCGUACCCUCCAGCCUCCUGAGAGUCCCCACCUGGGCCGGCGGGGCCUGGACAGUAUGCGAGAACUACCCCCUUUGAGUCCAUCUCUGUCUCGAAGGGCUCUGUCCCCACUGCCAGCCCGGACUACCCCAGAUUCCAAGCUAAGCAGGGAAGUAGCAGAGAGUCCCCGGCCCCGGCGCUGGGCAGCCCAUGGUGCUUCACCGGAGGACUUCUCCCUGACUCUAGGAGCACGGGGCCGCAGGACUCGGAGUCCCUCGCCCACGCUCGGGGAGUCCCUGGCACCUCGCAAGGGCAGCUUCAGUGGCAGGCUGAGCCCAGCCUACAGUCUGGGCUCCCUUACCGGGGCCUCACCUCGUCAGAGCCCCCGUGCUCAGAGGAAGCUUUCCAGUGGGGACUUGCGGGUGCCCAUGCCAAGGGAGAGGAAAAAUAGUAUCACGGAGAUCAGUGACAAUGAGGAAGAUCUCCUGGAGUAUCACCGACGGCAGCGCCAAGAACGGCUCCGGGAGCAGGAGAUGGAGAGGCUGGAACGCCAGCGCCUGGAGACCAUCCUGAACCUGUGUGCCGAGUACAGCCGAGCUGACUCUGGACCUGAGGCUGGGGAACUGCCCAGUAUUGGAGAGGCCACUGCAGCACUGGCAUUGGCAGGCAGGAGGCCCUCCAGAGGCUUGGCAGGAGCCAUAGUGGUCCCUGGAAGGAGCGGUGAGGAGUGUGGAGGUGCCUCACAGCGCCUGUGGGAGAGCAUGGAGCGCUCUGAUGAGGAAAAUCUCAAAGAGGAGUGCAGCAGCACGGAGAGCACCCAGCAGGAGCACGAAGAUGCUCCUGGCACGAAGCUCCAGGGAGAGGUGCUGGCUGUGGAAGAGGAGCGGGCUCAGGUUCUGGGGCGUGUAGAACAGCUGAAGGUCCGUGUGAAGGAGCUGGAGCAGCAGCUGCAGGAGGCAGCCCGAGAGGCUGAAAUGGAGAGGGCCCUGCUGCAGGGGGAGAGGGAGGCCGAGCGAGCCCUGCUGCAGAAAGAACAAAGGGCGGUGGACCAGCUGCAGGAGAAGCUGGUGGCCUUGGACGCAGGCAUCCAGAAGGAGAGGGACAAGGAGAGGGCGGAGCUGGCCGCAGGACGGAGGCACCUGGAGGCCCGCCAGGCGCUCUACGCCGAGCUCCAGACGCAGCUCGAUAACUGCCCCGAGUCAGUGCGGGAACAGUUACAGGAGCAGCUGAGAAGGGAGGCAGACGCUCUAGAGACUGAGACGAAGCUCUUUGAGGACCUGGAGUUCCAGCAGCUGGAGCGGGAGAGUCGCGUGGAGGAGGAGCGGGAGCUGGCCGGCCAGGGGCUGCUGCGGAGCAAGGCUGAGCUGCUGCGCAGCGUAGCCCAGAGGAAGGAGCGUCUAGCUGUACUGGACAGUCAGGCUGGGCAGAUCCGGGCUCAGGCAGUGCAGGAGUCAGAGCGUCUGGCCCGGGAGAAGAAUGCUGCCCUGCAGCUACUCCAAAAGGAGAAGGAGAGGUUGACUGUGCUGGAGAGGAGGUAUCAUUCGCUCACCGGAGGCAGGCCUUUUCCGAAGACCACCUCGACCCUCAAAGAGGCUCAGCUUCUCAUCUCCGAGUCCUCAGAGAUGGGGCAGGAGACCAAGGCUCUGUGCCUGUCCCCAAGGUCUUCUCAGGCUGGGGCCUCCUCUGUUCCUUUAACCCCUUCUGUUUCCACUCAGCUCUGUCCCAAAGCACAAGAGAUGGAGAAGCUGCUGCCCCCUGCUGUAGACUUAGAGCAGUGGUACCAGGAGCUGAUGGCCGGGUUGGGGACUGGCCUUGCUGCAGCCUCCCCUCGCUCCUCUCCCCCACCUCUGCCUGCCAAAGCUUCCCGUCAGCUGCAGGUUUACCGCUCCAAGAUGGAUGGUGAGGCGGCCAGCCCUCUGCCCCGGACCCGUAGCGGCCCUCUCCCCUCCUCCUCAGGCUCCUCAUCCUCUUCUUCACAGCUCAGCGUGGCUACCCUGGGCCGUAGCCCAUCCCCAAAGAGUGCUCUGCUCGCUCAGAAUGGCACCAGUAGCCUGCCUCGCAACCUGGCAGCCACACUGCAGGACAUUGAGACCAAGCGCCAGCUGGCCCUACAGCAGAAGGCCGACUUACCUCCUGCCGAGCCCCUCCCACCUGACGACCCAGCAGGGCACCAGGUGAUUGAGGAGCAGCGGCGGCGCCUGGCCGAGCUGAAGCAGAAAGCAGCAGCAGAGGCUCAGUGCCAGUGGGAUGCCUUGCAUGGUGCAGCACCCUUUCCAGCAGGCCCCUCCGGCUUCCCCGCACUCAUGCACCAUUCCAUCCUGCACCACCUGCCAGCUGGUAGGGAGCGUGGGGAGGAGGGCGAACAUGCCUACGACACCCUGAGCCUGGAGAGCUCAGACAGCAUGGAGACCAGCAUCUCUACAGGAGGCAACUCAGCCUGCUCCCCCGACAACAUGUCCAGUGCCAGUGGCCUGGACAUGGGCAAGAUUGAGGAAAUGGAGAAGAUGCUGAAGGAAGCUCACGCAGAGAAGAGCCGGCUCAUGGAGUCCAGGGUGAGGCUGACUGGAGCCAGGAGGCAGCAGGUGGAGCGGGAGAUGGAGCUCCGGAGGCAGGCCCUGGAGGAGGAACGGCGGAGGCGGGAGCAAGUGGAACGGAGGCUGCAGAGUGAGAGCGCCCGCAGGCAGCAGUUGGUGGAGAAGGAAGUCAAGCUUCGAGAGAAACAGUUUUCCCAGGCACGACCUCUUACACGCUAUCUGCCCAACCGGAAAGAGGACUUUGACUUGAAGACCCACAUAGAGUCGUCAGGCCACGGGGUAGACACCUGCCUCCAUGUGGUGCUUAGCAGCAAGGUCUGCCGUGGCUACUUGAUCAAGAUGGGUGGCAAGAUUAAAUCGUGGAAGAAGCGCUGGUUUGUCUUUGAUCGGCUGAAGCGCACCCUUUCCUAUUAUGUGGACAAACAUGAAACGAAGCUGAAGGGGGUCAUCUACUUCCAGGCCAUCGAGGAAGUGUACUAUGACCACCUGCGCAGCGCAGCCAAGAAAAGGUUUUUCCACUUCACUAUGGUGACUGAGAGUCCGAAUCCAGCCCUCACCUUCUGUGUGAAGACCCAUGACCGGCUGUACUACAUGGUGGCCCCGUCCGCAGAGGCCAUGCGCAUCUGGAUGGAUGUCAUUGUCACCGGAGCCGAGGGCUACACUCAGUUUAUGAACUAACUACCAGGCACCUCCUGGGUCCCCAGGUCAGCCCCAGGACCCCAUGCCCUGCCACUUGCUGCUCUGCUUGUCCCUGGAGACAGUGGCACCCUGGGUACUGGGUCACAGAGGCUCAGGAUGUCGUAGAGUACCCCAGGGCUUUUGUGCAAGAAGACUAAUUGUUCUGUAAGGAGUUUGGUGCUUGAGAACUAGGCUCCGGUCCCUAAAGAUGGAGCAGAGUGGAAAGGAAGAGGGGGAGGCCUUGUUACCUCCUGGGAGCCCAAAAGUGCAGAGUUCCCUCCUGGGUCCAGCAGGCUGAAGAGUGUCGCAGAACUGGCCUCUCAGCUCUGUCCUGACACCUGCUCACCCCAGCUUUUCUCUUUGUAAAGGACAAACUAUGGUACCAGAAUCUGCCAAAGAUCCCCUUCUCAUCCCACACUUCUGCAGGGGCCUGGGGGGAACUGAGCAGAACCACGGGUAGAGUUGGGAAGCAGCUCAGGCCUGCACCUCCAUCCCUGUUCUGCCUCCUCGUUUGAGCGCCUCCAUAGUUUUCACUACUUUGCUCAAGGACCAGAGACCUCAGGUGUCAUCCUUGAGGUCCAGCCCCAUGUCGUGUUGCAAACCCAUCCUCGUCGUUUCCGUGGUGACUGCUUCAUCACCAUGGUUACACACUAAUUGCCAUGGCCACACUGUGGCUCUGCCCACUGCUUCAGCUGUGGGCCACAUGAGGGUAUGUGCCAUCAUCUCUCUGACCCAGGCCUGGGGGCAUGUCAUGUGGUGAGAGGAGACGGAUACCUCUCUGCUGCAGUGUAUCUCCAGCCCCCAGUCCAGCCCUCUCCCUUCCACUGUGCCUUGCUUAGAGCCAGAAGGGAUGAUUUCCGGGGAUCCAAGACCAGAAGAACAGCAGCACUGAGGGGAGAGGAAGCUGAGAGGGCUGUCCUCCCAUUCUGACAGGGCCAGUUCCCGAUAGCCCUUCUUUCUGGGCGCCCAGAGAGAAGCCUGAGUUGGGGGUGGGGAGGGCAGAAGCAGAGGCCCUGAGCUGCAGCACCCUCCCUUCAGUCUCCCAAGAGCGAUGGGAAAGGAGAGCCGAGGAUCAAGUCUCCAGCUGGCUGGCCUCAGCCUUUGCGCCUUAACACUAAGCCACCUUCCCGGCCCUCCCCAGCACUGGGCCCAUGGUUGCUGGGCCUGGCUGGGUGUUUUGCAGUAUUUGUAAGCAUUUCAGCAGAACAAUAAAAGCAUUUUGACUAUGUA